AUGCGGGGAGUACAGAUUUUCUCUGGGACAUCGCAUCCCACACUUGCUAAGGUGGUCUGCGACCGGUUAGGGACUCAACCUGCCCGGGCAGACUUAGGUAAAUUUGCCAAUGGGGAGACAAGUGUAAACAUUGGUGUCUCAGUACGGAACCAAGAUGUCUAUAUUGUCCAGAGUGGCAGUGAGAAGAUUAACGAUAGUGUCAUGGAACUCUUGAUCAUGAUCUCUGCCUGCAAAGGAGGUUCUGCGAAGUCCAUCACAGCGGUCAUACCGUAUUUUCCAUACUCUCGCCAAUCUAAAAAGAAGAGCCACCGUGGUGCCAUCACCGCCCGCAUGCUGGCAAACCUCCUUUCAGUUGCUGGAGUAGACCAUGUGAUAACAUUGGACUUGCAUGCAUCCCAGAUGCAGGGAUUCUUCGGCAAACCCGUGGACAACCUGUUUGCUGAACCCUAUAUCGCUCGUUGGAUCCGCAUGAAUGUUCCUGGCUGGAAAGAGGCAGUCGUUGUCAGCAAGAAUGCUGGGGGCACCAAGCGUGUUACAUCAUUGGCGGACACCUUAAAGCUCAACUUCGGCAUCGUCACUACCGAUAGGCGGCGGCCCAAGAUGAAUAUGGCUAUGACGGACAGCACCGUCUUCUUUGAUUCCAUAGAUGACGACUGCACGCCCGUCCAAAAAGAGGAUGAUCCGUUUGUACUUCACGUACAGACUGGAAGUCAUAAUAAUUCGCAAGUCGAAGAGGUGCAUAGGUUAUCUGAUAACAUGGAAUCAUUGUUAUCGGCAAAUGCCUUGCUUCCAGACAUUCUAACAGGUGCUCGACGCCCGUCAGAGCUAGAGGCUGCUCACGGGUGUACGGAUGUCCGAGUACACGACGUAAUCACUGGGAGACUCGUAGAGGGUCACCUCGUCGAUGAUGAUUAUCCUCCAGUCGACUCUAUGCCUGCGUCUGGAGACACUACACCCGGGCAGACUGUGGCAGAAAGCUCCGAUUCUAUUCCUGACCCAAUGGCGGAAUCCUUUGUCUCCACCACGUCUUCUUUACCGGGCGACCAUGCUCUUGGCGGCUCGUUUGAUGCUGCUGAAUCAUCUGAUGAAGAAGGUAGUGUUGGACGAGCUAUCGAGCGAGAGAAGACCAUUACUUUCGUGGGCGACGUCCGUGAUAGGACUGUGUUCAUCGUCGAUGACAUGAUUGACAAAAGUGGAUCAUGGAUUGCUGCUGCAGAGACUGUUGUGAAGAAGGGUGGUGCUAAGAAGGUCUACUGCAUCGCAACCCACGGACUCUUUGGAGAUAAAUCCCUUGAGCAAAUGGAAGAGUGCGAGGCGAUUGACUACAUUGUAGUGACCAACACUUUCCCCAUCUCGGAACAGAUGGUUAAGAAAUCGAAGAAGUUGGUCGUCAUCGAUAUAUCGACUCUCAUCUCAGAGAGCAUUAGACGCCAUCAUUAUGGUGAAAGUGUUUCGGCACUUUUCCAUCUGAACGACUAA